UGGUGUUGGGGUAUGCCGAGGCGGAAGAGUGUUAGUGUCGGGGUGCUGCAGGAGGGGUGAGGAGGGUGAAAUGAUUCGUGUUGCCAGUGGUCUGCUGGCGUUUGCCACAUUGGGAAAACUAGUCGAAAUGCAAGUAUUGCACAGGUGUCACUGAAGAUCUCUUUGCUGCUUAGUAUUAUUCUAAAAGACGUGAUAUAAAACACACACAACCAUGGCGAAUGAACAUGCAAGCAUCCUGUUCAAGCUGUAUUGCCUGACAGUGAUGACGCUGGUGGCAGCGACCUAUACUGUUGCAUUGCGUUACACAAGAACAGUUUCAUCAGAGUUGUACUUCUCCACCACCGCAGUGUGUACCACUGAAAUUAUUAAGCUCUUCAUAAGCAUUGGGCUUCUAGUCAAAGAGACUGGAAGUGUUGGCAGAAUGCUGUCCUCAAUCAGAGAACAUGUAUUUGGAAGUCCCAAGGAGCUGCUCAAGCUGAGCGUCCCAUCUGUAGUGUAUGGCAUUCAGAACAAUAUGGCCUUCGUGGCACUAAGCAAUCUCGACGCAGCUGUGUACCAGGUGACGUACCAGCUAAAGAUCCCGUGCACGGCUCUCUGCACUGUGCUUAUGUUGAACAGGUCUCUCAGCAAGCUGCAGUGGUUUUCUGUCUUCAUGUUGUGUGGAGGGGUCACAUUAGUCCAGUGGAAACCUGCAGAGGCAACCAAUAUUCAGGUUGAACAGAACCCCUUAUUAGGUUUUGCCGCGAUUGCAAUUGCUGUUUUGUGCUCUGGAUUUGCAGGCGUCUAUUUUGAGAAAGUCCUGAAGAGUUCCGACACAUCUCUGUGGGUGCGGAACAUUCAGAUGUACCUUUCUGGGAUUGCAGUGACGCUGGCAGGAGUGUAUAUGAAUGAUGGAGCCCAGGUGAUUGAAAAGGGCUUCUUCUACGGCUACACGCCGUGGGUCUGCUUUGUCAUCUCUUUGGCCAGUGUUGGUGGUUUGUACACAUCGGUGGUUGUGAAGUACACCGAUAAUAUUAUGAAAGGGUUUUCUGCUGCAGCUGCCAUCAUUCUUUCUACCAUUGCAUCUGUGAUCCUCUUUGGUUUACAAAUCACUGUGAGCUUUGCCACUGGUGCCUUGCUUGUAUGUGUUUCUAUAUACAUGUAUGGCUUACCGAAGCAAGACACAACAAAACUUGCAACUGCCGAAAGCUCCAGUAAAUCCAAGGAGAAGCUGCUAGUUAUGUGAGCUCCUUUGGAGUGCUGAGGGAGUGGGAUGGAUACAUGAUUCGGACACUCGGGAGUCUCUAGCAGGAAUAGUUUUCUCUUUACAAACUGCAGAGGACAUAGCAGAGCAGUGGUCUUCAACAAAAUCACUAGACUUGUUCUCUGGAUAAAGGCUGAAAAGGUUUCCUGUGUUGGGGACAUAAUGGUGGUUGCCAUAAUAUGUCAAGAAUUAUUAUGAUUUUUAUUUUAAUAUUUUUUUUAAUAUGAAGGUGAAAAGAUCAGAUAUGUGAAAGGUCUGUGAGUUUAAAUCUCUUUUAAACAUCCCAUUUCUGACUAGACUAAAAGUAAUACCUGAUACCCUUGCCAGAAGGGAGAAGCAUGUAAGAGCAUUUUAAAAACUCACACCCACAUGCAACCUGUUUCCUCUAGACAGGUAAGAUUAAAAACACAAACACUACAGAGAAUGCGUUUUGUUUUGUAAUAAAAAAAAAAAAAUGUAUUCACUAAUGGUUUCAUGUGGAAAUUAAUAUAAAAAAAUGAUUGUGUGUUUACGUAUUAAUUUUUUUAUAUGUUUUGCUUUAAAACGUUGCAUGAAAGUAUUAAGACAAACCCACGGGUGUGAUUGACACAGUGUGAGUAGUGUACUCUGCAUUAUUCUGGAAUGUGUGUAUUAUCAUUCAUUGGCUGUUAAUAUGUGGCAACCCCCAAUAAAUGGUGUCACAAUUACAGACAAGCAAGUUGGAAAAGAACUGCUUACUGAAUCAAAAUGAUUCAAAUUUAAUUUGAAAUGGUUUUAAACUACAAAACACCAGCUUGGUAAUGAUACAAACUGUGCAGAGAAGAAAAACUGGAUGUGUCAAGAUAUGGAGCGAAGAAAUACUGCCCGGUCCUCUCCUCCAUGGAACAAGGCCAGGGCUUGUGUUUACAGUUCAUCUUCUGUUUCGCACACAUUUGAGAGUUUGGUUAUUUUUAUUUUUAUGGAUUGCUUUGUAAAACCUCAAAUUGUAAUUUAUGAAAAAUUAAAUAAGGUACUAUUUACAAAGCUUCAACUUAUUUCCUCUAAAACUGUUAACAGUUAAAGCUUUGUAAAUAGAGCAUGCUUUCCUUUAUCCCAGAAGCAAGCUUGAUGACGUGGUUUAAAAUAAAUGUGUUCCCCUCCAAA